CAACACAACAUUUUUCUCUCUUCUUCCACACUUCAUCCCUAAAACCCUCUGGCUCAAACCGAAAUUUAUAGAAAUCGCAUCGAUGGAGAUCGUCAAGAGCCUCAUCUUCAUCUCUUUGGCUGUCGUUCUUCUCUUCGCUUCCAUAGCAGAAGCCAACAUUAAAGCACACCACCACGAGUUCAUUAUACAAGCUACGAAGGUGAAGAGACUAUGUGAAACACACAACAGCAUUACGGUCAACGGAAUGUUUCCCGGUCCAAUGCUUGUAGUCAACAACGGUGAUACUCUCGUCGUCAAAGUUAUUAACCGGGCUCGGUACAACAUAACAAUCCACUGGCACGGUGUGAGGCAAAUGCGAACCGGUUGGGCAGAUGGACCGGAAUUUGUGACCCAAUGUCCAAUCAGACCGGGAUCAAGCUACACGUACCGGUUUACUAUCCAAGGACAAGAAGGUACACUUUGGUGGCAUGCUCAUAGUUCGUGGCUUAGAGCCACUGUCUACGGUUCGCUUCUUGUCCUUCCUCCGGCUGGCUCGUCUUACCCAUUCACAAAUCCCCACCGCAACGUCCCUCUCCUUCUUGGUGAAUGGUGGGACGCUAAUCCGGUUGAUGUGUUGAGAGAAUCUAUACGAACCGGUGGAGCUCCUAAUAACUCCGACGCUUACACCAUCAAUGGUCAACCUGGUGAUUUCUAUAAAUGCUCUUCUCAAGAUACGACAAUAGUACCAAUAAAUGUUGGUGAGACCAUACUACUACGAGUAAUAAACUCAGCAUUGAACCAACCGUUAUUCUUCACGGUGGCUAACCACAAGCUCACCGUGGUAGGAGCUGACGCGUCUUACCUAAAACCCUUCACCACUAACGUGAUUGUUCUCGGUCCGGGCCAAACCACCGAUGUCCUCAUAACAGGUGACCAACCACCAAACCGCUACUACAUAGCCGCAAGAGCUUACCAAAGCGCCCAAAACGCACCGUUUGGAAAUACAACCACAACUGCAAUCCUCCAAUACAAAUCCGCCCCUUGUUGCGGUGUAGGCGGCGGAAGUGGAACCAAGAAGGGUAUUUCCGUCAAACCAAUCAUGCCUAUCCUCCCUGCCUACAACGACACCAACACCGUCACACGUUUCAGCCAAAGCUUCCGGUCACUAAGACGAGCUGAGGUUCCGACAGAAAUCGACGAGAAUCUGUUUGUAACAGUCGGACUCGGUCUCAACAACUGUCCUAAGAACUUCAGAUCAAGAAGAUGCCAAGGUCCUAACAGCACACGUUUCACUGCAUCGAUGAACAAUGUUUCAUUUGCUCUCCCAAGUAACUACUCACUCCUUCAAGCUCACCAUCAUGGAAUCCCCGGAGUCUUCACAACAGAUUUUCCGGCGAAGCCUCCGGUGAAAUUCGAUUACACAGGUAACAACAUAAGCCGAUCUCUCUACCAACCUGAUAGAGGGACUAAGCUAUACAAACUCAAGUAUGGAUCAGGGGUUCAAAUUGUUCUUCAGGACACCGGUAUAGUAACUCCUGAAAAUCAUCCCAUUCAUCUACACGGCUACGAUUUCUACAUUAUCGCCGAGGGUUUCGGUAACUUCAAUCCCAAGAAAGAUACCGCGAAAUUCAAUCUCGAAGACCCGCCUCUUAGAAAUACCGUUGGUGUACCUGUUAAUGGUUGGGCCGUCAUCAGAUUCGUCGCAGACAACCCUGGGGUUUGGCUAAUGCAUUGUCAUCUAGAUGCACACAUAUCUUGGGGACUAGCCAUGGCUUUCUUGGUUGAGAAUGGAAAUGGAGUUUUGCAGACAAUGGAGCAGCCUCCUGCUGAUUUACCCGUAUACCAAAACUCGCCUCUGAAAGCUCCGAUGACGAAGAAGAAAAAAGGAGCUAACGAAGAUAAAACGAUAGAAACGAAGAGCAAAAACGUUUCUGGGAAAUCUCAGAAACAGAAGAAACAACCAGUAGAAAAAGAGCUCAAACCAGUAGAAGAAAGCUUAAAAGAGGAGGACCUUCUACAAGAAUCUGGAACUGAUUCUGAUUACGACGGCGAUAGUUUGCCUGGGUCUUUGGAUUCCGAUGAUUUCGACUCCGAUUUUUUCGAUUCUGAGGAUGAUGGAACACAGGAAGGAACAGAAGAUGGAGAUGUAGAAUUUUCCGACGACGACGUACUUGAGCAUGAGGGCUCAAUUGAUAAUGAGGAUGAUGAAGAAAGUGAACAAGUAGAAAGUGACAACGGUGAGGAAGAUGGGAGUGAUGAAGGUUCUGAGCGAGAUGAAGCGGUUGAAGAGAGUGAUUCCUCAGAAGAUGAGGUUCCUUCUAGAAAUACAGUUGGAGAUGUUCCAUUGGAGUGGUAUAAAGAUGAGAAACAUAUUGGUUAUGACAUCACUGGGAAGAAGAUUACUAAGAAAGAAAAACAAGAUAAACUUGACUCUUUUCUUGCAACUAUGGAUGACUCUAAGAAUUGGCGCAAAAUUUAUGAUGAAUAUAAUGACGAGGAAGUGGAGCUGACUAAAGAGGAGUGCGAGCUCAUGCGUAGAAUACUCAAAGGGGAAGCUCCACAUGCUGACUUUGAUCCAUAUGCGCCUUAUGUUGAUUGGUUCAAAUGGGAUGAUUCAAUACAUCCACUCUCAAGUGCGCCAGAGCCCAAGCGAAGAUUCAUCCCUUCAAAAUGGGAGGCCAAAAAGGUUCUCAAGCUUGUUAGAGCAAUCCGGAAGGGGUGGAUCAAGUUUGAUAAGCCUGAAGAAGAGCCCAAUGUAUACCUCUUAUGGGGUGACGAUUCGACGUCUGAUCAAAAGAGCAAGCAUUUAACUUAUAUUCCUCCGCCCAAGAUGAAAUUGCCAGGACACGAUGAAUCAUACAAUCCUUCUUUGGAAUAUAUUCCAACAGAGGAGGAGAAAGCCUCAUAUGAAUUGAUGUAUGAGGAAGAUCGUCCAAAAUUCAUUCCUAAAAGGUUUACUUCUCUGAGAAGCAUCCCGGCGUAUGAGAAUGCACUGAAGGAGUCUUUUGAGCGUUGUUUGGAUCUAUACCUAUGUCCGAGAGUUCGAAAGAAGAGGAUAAACAUCGACCCUGAAUCUUUGAAGCCUAAGCUACCUAGUAGGAAGGAUCUUAGACCCUAUCCUAACUCCUGUUAUCUUGAAUAUAAAGGACAUACAGGGGCUGUUACUACCAUAUCCACUGAUAGUUCUGGCGAGUGGAUUGCCUCAGGUUCAACUGAUGGAUCUGUUCGCAUGUGGGAAGUGGAGACUGGUAGAUGUCUUAAGGUCUGGCAAUUUGAUGAAGCUAUUAUGUGUGUGGCUUGGAAUCCUCUUUCCAGGCUUCCAGUUUUAGCCGUUGCCAUGGGACGAGAUUUGUUUUUUCUGAACACUGAACUUGGAACUGAUGAGGAACAGGAAAUUACUAAAGAGAGGCUUCACUCAGGAAACAUUCCAGAACCAGAAGCGUCUGUUGCAGCAAUUGUAACCUGGCUACCUGAUGAGUUAUAUGGAGGGAUCAAGAUAAGACAUUUUAAGAGCAUAUCAUCUAUUGACUGGCAUCGUAAAGGAGACUAUCUCUCAACAGUGAUGGCAUCCGGCGAAACGCGAGGAGUGGUAUUGCACCAACUCUCAAAACAGAAAACACAAAGGCUCCCAUUUAAGAUCCGCGGACUUCCAGUCUGUACCCUUUUUCAUCCCAGCCUUUCUUACUUCUUCGUUGCGACAAGAAAGGACGUGCGUGUUUACAAUCUUUUGAAGCCAGGCGAGGCCACCAAAAAGCUUGAGACGGGGUUGAGAGAAAUCUCAUCCAUGGCGAUUCAUCCUGGUGGUGAUAAUCUGAUAGUAGGAAGCAAAGAAGGAAAGAUGUGUUGGUUUGACAUGGAUCUGUCUUCGAAACCAUACAAGACUCUCAAGAAUCAUCCUAAAGACAUUACAAAUGUGGCAGUUCAUCGAUCAUAUCCGUUAUUUGCUUCGUGCUCGGAGGAUUCAACAGCUUACGUUUUCCAUGGAAUGGUGUAUAAUGAUCUGAAUCAGAAUCCUCUGAUUGUACCAUUGGAGAUUCUAAGAGGUCAUUGUUCAAAAGGAGGAGUCUUGGACUGCAAGUUUCAUCCGAGACAACCAUGGCUUUUCACUGCAGGCGCUGACUCAAUUAUCAAACUCUAUUGCCACUAGAUAGAUUUUGUCCCAAACCCUAUUUUGACAAUUUUCAUAUCUUUUCUUCUUUGUUGUAUUCACCACCUAUCACAUUGUUUGAAAUUGUACUCAAAUCUUGUACCAUACGAGUUUUGUUAUGAUCGAGCUAUUAUUGAGAUUUCUAACUUAUAGCAUUUCCAAAAUGUUA